AUGGCGACCGUAGACUCUUCUCCUCCCGAGCCCCCGAAACCCCAGGGAGCCUCUCCAGAUAACUCCUUCCGAACCAUCGCAGAUCCGAGGAAUGCGUCAAAUCUGUCUAGAUCCAACUCAACGCCCUCCAAGCAUCCCGAUGUCAAUGCUGAAGUUGCCGCUCUGAGCGACAAACUCAUCAGUGCCAUCAACCAUCAAACUACCCUGGACGAUACUCUUGCCCAGACGAGACAAGAGCUGGAGGCCUCAAAAGCUCGUAUCGCCAAACUGGAGGCAGAAGCUAGGGCAUACGAAGAGAGGAUCUCGCGAGGAGACCUGCUCCUAAAGGAAAAGGUCGACGAACAAAAAGAUAAGCUUACGGCGGAGCUGGUGGAGGAGAAGAAACAAAGGGCACAAGUCCUCCAAGAAAAGCGUGGAAUAGAGUCAGAACUAGAAACGCUGACAGCCUCGUUGUUCGAUGAAGCAAACAAGAUGGUAGCUUCGGCGAACCGAGACCGGGACGCUAUCGAGAAGAAGAAUCAACAGCUCCGCGACCAGAUCAAGGACGGCGAGGCUUUGAUUGCUUCUCAGACAGAGCAAUUGGCGGAGUUGAAAACCCUGAUGCAGCAAAUUGGCCCAGCUCCAGACUACCGAAGGGAACUUGAUUCCCCCCGAGUGUCUCUGGCACCUUCAAGCCCUGGCGUGACGAGAGAAGGGGCCGAUCUUGCUCGUCUUCUCGAAGCGAUGAACCUGUCCCCUGUUACCCUUGAGCACGGUGAACUUGCGCCGAGCCCAUCGACCACACUGACACACCUCGUCAAACCGCUCUGCCGGACAGAUAUCCCUGCGUAUGAGGAUUUCAGGAACUUGGUACAAACGUCGCAUUUUCGGUCGCAUAAUCCUUCUCAUGCCCCAUCCAGAGCUGGCUCUGGCUCCUAUGGCGGGUUAAACGUGAUGGGUCUCGGCUCACUCAGUAAUCACUCGCAACCAAACCUGUCACAGAUCCCUCAGCCCGCAACGUCGAAGCUCGCCAAUUCCCCGAAUAUGCCUGGGUCAUUCAGUCCCAAUCCAGAUGCCAAGGGGCCUGUACCGCUGAGAGAAACCCGAUUUUUCAAGCGUCUCCUGGUCGAAGAUAUUGAGCCGACGCUGCGUCUUGACCUUUCACCAUCCCUCUCCUGGUUGAAUCGACGCAGCAUUCUUGCCGCCAUGGGCGAUUCCACUCUCAUCGUCGAACCAAUUCCCGAGGCAUCCAUCAAGCUGUACGGGAGGUACACGCCUUGCGCCCUUUGCGGAGAGAACAGGAAACAAGGAGAAAAUCCUCGAACGCAUGCCAUGCGUGUUCGUGAAGGCGAAGGCGCGACUAGAUGGUGUAUCUGCACACUCUGCUUGGAAAAGGUGCGUGGCGUGGGUGACCUGGUCGCCUAUGUCCGCAUGGUUCGCGAGGGCGUGGUCAAGGUCGGCGACAAAAAAGAUGAGGAGGACGCAUGGGAAGAAUUGGUACGGUUGAGGGAGCGCUUAUUUUGGGCCAGAAUGGCUGGUGGUGUCGUACCUGCAUUCAUCCCUACCCCGAAACAAACUCCAGUGGAUGAUGCCAGAAUGGGUGUGGAGCUGGAUGGUCCAAGAGAUGACGGAAAAGAGAACGGUAUAUCUGGUGAGGGAGCUUAUAGUUCGCCCCAACCUUUGACGAUCGCGGCAGAUGAUACGUCCCAACGCUCAACACCUGGUACCGAUGAUGCCGAACCGGAAUCUGCAGACGAAACAGCCGCGCGCCUCCAACUACAGCAGGGACUCAACGAAAGUCUGACUACGUUCGAGAAUAUCCGAGAAAACAAAAGGAUAAGUAUGGGCAGUCGACAGAACUCGACGACGCCGCCAUCAACCCCCUCGCCAGCCAAGAGUCUUCCGAAGAGGGAGUCUAGUACUGGCGGCGGGAUCUCAUUCCCAAAGAUCAAUAUUCCCAGACUACCACAAGGCUUCUGGGAAGCUCAAGUUAACACUCUUCGUUGA